UUCCGGGUCAGUCCGUCCAUGAGUAAAGUGACACUAGCAACGAACAGUGAAAUCACAAGUUUUUUCCUUUAUUUAUACUUAAUUCACCAAAUAAGUUUUAUUAAUAUAUUAUCUGUGUGUUUAAUUCGGAGAAAAUGGUGUUUUACUUCACAAGUGCUGUGGUGGAUCCUCCAUUCACGAUCUACAUGGGAAAAGAUAAAUAUGAAAAUGAGGAUCUGAUUAAAUAUGGCUGGCCUGAAGACAUCUGGUUUCACGUUGACAAACUCUCUUCAGCUCAUGUUUAUCUAAGAAUGCCAAAGGGUAAAACCAUAGAUGAUAUUCCUCCAGAGGUGCUGGUAGACUGCGCACAGCUGGUGAAGAACAACAGCAUCCAGGGCUGUAAGAUGAACAACAUCAACGUGGUUUACACGGCGUGGGCCAACCUGAAGAAAACAGGAGACAUGGAUGUUGGGCAAAUUGGCUUUCACAAACAGAGAGAGGUGAAGAUUGUUGCUGUAGAGAAGAAGAUCAAUGAAAUCGUAAACCGUCUGGAGAAGACAAAAGAAGAGCGCUUCCCGGAUCUGGCAGCAGAGAAGGAAGCGAGGGAUCAAGGGGAGAGAAAUGAGAAGAAAGCUCAACUCCAGGAGCAGAAAAGGAGGGAGAAAGAAGAGCAGAAGAAGAAAAAAGAAAUGGAAGAGCUCAGGAAUUAUACAUCACUGAUGAAGAGUGAAAACAUGAAAACUAAUGAGGAUGGCUAUGACUCGGACGACUUCAUGUGACGCCUGAAAAUACAACAGGAAGCUCGGGAAGCUCCCCUGCUGCCAUCGCUUUACAGACUUUGAAUGAACAAAAAUAAAAAAAUAAACAAGUCCAUUCUGCUUGAGAGCACUUGGAGCAGAAAUGACUCAGUUCUCACGACUCAGGAGCCAUUUUCAGACUUAAAGGAAGACGGGAGUCGUCUGUGGUGAAGGAUACCCAGUCAGCAGAUUCAGUUUUUACAGCUAUACUAAUGAUGGCGUCUUUUGUUUCAGUCACUCACUUCUACAGCAUUUUGUUGAAGCUGCUCUUGCUUCCUUGCUCAAUAUGCCAAUUUUGUCUGCAUGUCAGAUUUUAAUAAACAGAAUUCCUUGUAUAAAUUGAAACGCUAUUGCUUGGUAAUUUCAUUGUAGAGUAAUCUGUCAGUCGAAAAAUUAAUUCUGAAGUAAAAGAUUUACUGUUGGACUAAUUUAUCUCUCCAAAUGAAAUAACCCGUAUAGGCGGACAAAAAAAUCCAUCCAUUUAUUGAUUAAAAACAUAUUGGUGUAAUCAUGUUACAACACAAAGUGCAUUUUGUAUUUUUCUUUCUUUUUGCGGGGGUAGACAAGAUCAAAUAUGAAAAAUGCACGCAACGUCAACUAGAUAAACCUGGAAUCUGUCACACACUCAACUAUUGCAAAGAAAAAUAAAAUAUUUCUAGAAAA